CCUGUAGUGGAGCACAUGAGUUUGAUGAUGAUGAUAUGCCAGAGUUGGAGGAUAGUCACUAUGACGACAGUGAUGGUGAUGAUGAAGCUUGGCUUGAUAUGGAUGAAGAUGGGUUGCAAACACAGCAAUCUGUGACAUGUUUAUUUUGUGAAGAAUGCUUCACCUCUGUCAGUAUGACAUUUCAACAUUGCAGAGACCAUCAUCGUUUUGACAUUAGAGAUAUACGGAAGAUCUAUGGAUUGGACUGUAUUGCUUAUAUAAAGAUGAUCAACUAUAUCAGAACAACGAAAUGUCCGAGUGUGGUUUUACAUGUACCGUAUACACCAGAUAACAUUCCAUGGAAAGAUGAUGUGUUCAUGAAACCAGUCAUACCAGAUGAUUUAAUUUUGCAAUUUGAUAUUGAAAGCAUGGCAGGUGAAAUAGAACAACAAAAUACAGAUACAAGUGAUAAAGAAACUAAUUUAUUGCAACAAUUGUGUGAUUACAAACAACGUGCUGAAUUAGCAGAAUAUUCACUUACAAGGGCUUUGGAUGAUUUGAAUAUUGCUAAAUCAUUUGCUCAAAACUUUGUGAUGUCAUCGUCGACCCAUAUCCAUGACAGUUCCCAUCAUGCACUGCAUUUAUCUGCUGAUGAAGAUGAUGCUUACUUUGAUUCAUAUGGCCAUUACGGGAUCCACCAAGAAAUGUUACAAGAUAAAGUCAGAACACAAAGUUACAGAGAUUUUAUUUAUAAAAAUGAACAUUUAUUUAAAGGCAAGGUUGUUUUAGACAUUGGUUGUGGUACUGCUAUACUGUCCAUGUUUGCUGCUAAAGCUGGUGCCAGUCAUGUGAUUGGUGUGGACCAAUCAGAAAUCAUUUACCAAGCAAUGGAUAUUGUGAGAGAAAAUGAUUUAGAAAAACAAAUUACUUUAAUAAAAGGGCGAAUAGAGGAUAUUGAGCUUCCAGUAAAACAGGUUGAUAUUAUAAUAUCAGAAUGGAUGGGAUAUUUUCUAUUGUUUGAGUCUAUGCUGGACACAGUAAUAUAUGCAAGGGAUAAAUGGCUUGCACCCAAUGGAGCAGUAUAUCCUGACAAAUGUAAUAUUAAUCUUGUUGCUAUGGGUGACAAAAAAAGCCAUUCCUCUAAAAUUGCAUUCUGGGAAGACGUUUAUGGUUUUAAGAUGAAUUGUAUGAAAAGCUGUGUAUUACAAGAAAGUAGCGUUGAGGUUGUCAAACCGGUGGUAGUCAUGUCACAACCAGCUGAAAUAAAGGCUAUCGAUGUCUGUUCUUCAAAUAUAAAAGAUUUAGAUUUUACAUCAGAAUUCACAUUAGAAAUGACUAGAGAGGACACAUGUACAGGACUGUGUGGCUAUUUUGAUAUCUUCUUUGAUAAAGAUUGUGAAAAUAAGAUAAAUUUUUCCACAAGUCCAGGUAGUGAGAGAACACACUGGUCACAAACUGUAUUUACAUUUGAAAACCCAAUGGAUUUCAAAAAAGGUGAUAUUUUACAAGGGACUAUUACCUGUACUAAAAAUAUAAAGGACCAUCGAUCUAUGAUUGUAAAGUUUACUAUAAAUGGAAUAAAUAUGAAAUAUUAUGUACAUUAAUGUAACUCAAGAUGUGAAUAUAUAAUAAAUAAAUCAUAAAUGU